AUGUUAUUUACGUCACAUUCUGCGUUCUCUCAUCUGUCUUCGAUUCGUUCGAAAUAAGUUAUCGUGAAUUUUCUACGCUGUCUUUCGUUAUAACAACGUUAUUAAUUUUCUUUCUUAUUUAUUAAUUUAUCUUUCUUAUCGUAUAAAAAUCAUAAGUCUUAACGAUGACUAACAUUGUUAAAAGAAACGAUGAAGUUCUCGUAUUGUUAGGCGAAGAGGUUACUUCCGAUGGAUUAUCUGAUUUUAUUGCAAAGAUUAAAACUCUUGUCGGAAAGGUUGAUCAAGUGUCAAUUAUCAACUUAAAGGAAUUAAAAAAGUGUAGCUAUAACAGAUCUUCUAUCGAUGUGAUUUUAUUCGUUCUUAAACAAUCGUCUUUAAAUGAUAAUGAAGUACUCGUAGAAUUGUUAAAAUUAUUAAAACAAAGUGGUAAACUAGUAAUCUAUGAGUCGCUUUUAUUAGAAAAAAAAUCAGAGAACAGCUUUACUUUUAAGGAAAGAUUAUCUAGAUUAAAGCUCGCUGGUUUUCUUAUAAAUGAUACAAAUCCUAGAAAAGUAAACAAAGAAACUGAAGAACUUUUAUCUAAGAUAUUUGAAAAUGUUGCCGACACGUACGAGAUAAUAGCACAGAAACCAUCUUUUGAGAUUGGAUCUAGCGUGGCUCUAAAUUUAAAACAAAAACAAAGUAAUAUAUGGAAAUUAGAUAAUGCCGUUGAAGAUGACUUGAUAGAUGAGGAUGAACUUUUAGAUGAAGAUGAUAUUGUCAAACCUGAUAUCACCAGUUUAAAAGUAUGUGGUACAACAGGUAAAAGAAAAGCAUGUAAAGAUUGUACAUGUGGAUUAGCGGAGGAGUUAAAUGGUAAACCAGAAGAACAAGGAAUUCAAAAAUCAUCGUGCGGAAAUUGUUAUCUAGGUGAUGCUUUUCGUUGCGCAAGUUGUCCUUAUCUUGGUAUGCCAGCAUUUAAACCUGGAGAGAAAAUUGUUUUACCUGAAAGUCAGCUAAUUGCUGAUGCAUAAUAUAAUUUAUUUUAUGAUAUUUUUUAAUUGCUAUAGAAGUAAUAAAUUUAUCUGCGUGUUAAACAUUUCAGGUCAUUGGUAUAGUAUACUUGAUUGGUGGUUAUAGUAUACUUAAACAUUAGUUUCUCUUUCUAGUUCAUAUUUAAUAAGAAAAUCUAUAAAAAUAAAGGAAAAUUAUUUUCUGUGGAAAAGGAGAAAUAUAAAUAAAAAAUAAUCAACGAUCCUUAA